AUGAGGGGGUCCCACGAGCCGCAAGCAGCGGGGCUGGGUAUCCAUGACCCGUCCCAGUCCCACAACUCGACGCCGACACAGACGCCGCCCGCGUCCCAGCGCAUGUCUGGCGUGCACUUUCCCCUGCCAACGUUUAUCACGACCUCACCCGCGACCCCGCACGCCGAGGCGAACGGCGUGCACGACCAUGGUCACGGACACACCAUCCGCGCACCCCGAGGGCAUGACAACAGUCGAGUGCUUGAUCGCAUUUCAGCCCUACUUCACAAGGACGAUCACCACGCUCCGCCUGCCGAUGCCUCCAGCACGCUCCAGGUCCCUACCGUCCAAGGUGGCGGCACGCCGACGUCUGAGCCGGGCAUGCACAGCUUUGAGAUCGAGUUUAAGGACCGACCGGCACUCAAGGUCCUCGUCGUGACAUGGAACAUGGGCGACUUAUCGGUUCUCCUCGGUCACGUUCCGCCGUAUGAGGCGCCGGAGAAGACAGACGAGCUGUGCGAGUUACCCGUCGAGAAUAAACACCCGUAUCACAUUGUCGUCGUUGCUGCGCAGGAGUGUCCGACCCCGAGUGGCGUGCCCCGUGGUCUCGGUGCGGGACUACGCAAGGGUGUUAUCCCCAAGGUGGGAGUUGAGGGCCUGCGCGGGCGUGAGCCGAGUGUUGCACUCAAGAAGGAGGAGCGUGAUGCCGUCCUGAAGGAGAUUCGUGACAAAGGCAAGGAGCGGAAGGACAAGGACGCAGCCGCCAAGCCUCUCAAGGACAAGGAGCCCGCAACAAAGCCGAGUCCGGAGAACGGAAAGAAACCAACUGAGAACGGCACGAAACGGUCCGACAGUAAGGCUGGUCGCGACCGCUCCGUUUCAGCCGAUGACCGGAAGGACGCCAAAUCGGACUCUGGGCAUGCGAAUGGUUCAGCCCAGGGCAACGGAAACCGGGAAGAAGCGCGGUCGCCCAAGAUGUCACCGCCGAUCAAGGAAAAGGAGCUCGCGCGCGAGAUGCAAGCGCCGUUCCACACGUCGCUGGAUCGCGCUCUUGACCGCGGUCUCGAGCGCUUCAAAGACACUAUCGAUGUCGCCAUUCCGUCGCGCACGCGCACGCCGAACGCCGAUGAGCCCCUCAGUCCGGACGAGGAGGGUGGAGCGCUCAAGCCCAGUGCGCCCAAGGGAUGGAGCUCCAUGCUCGAAGUUCCGUGCGAGGCGACCCCGCACGCCGGCGCCACACCGCACCUGCCCCAGCCACCACCCCUGCUCACAACACCGUCCAGUGCAAGCAUGAGCGUCAUGCCUCUCCCGGAGAUUGAUGUCGGCGAGUCGCUGAUGGAGCGCGAGGCGUCACCAACUCCGCGGCAGACGCCGUUGCCGUCGACAUCGACUUUGUCAUCGUCCUCGGCAUCGACGCCGAAAGCCACACCCGGCCCAUCGGGAUCAAUGGCUAUCCCGAGCCCCGCAAAUGGCACGAGCACGACUAGCGCACCUGCUUUGGGAACAAGUGCCUUGGGGACCAGCGUGCUGAGCGCCAGCUCUGUGUCGAAACCGCCGAUGCUGCACCACCCGACACCCCGAUCUCACCUCGGUGCUUCUUAUGAUAGCAAUCGUUUCCUCUCGCCUCCACAUGACUCGCCGAUGCUCGGUCGGUCGCCAACUCUGUCCCGCUCACCGGUGGGGAUCGACCGGGGAGACGAAAAGGAGGGUAAGGAAGGUAAGGAGAAAACGUACCGCCGCCCUGGCGCUGGGCCGUACGUCAACAUCAUCAAGGAGCGGUUGCUCGGCAUGUACAUGUCCGUCUUCGUGUACAAGGGCUGCAAGCACCUGCUUGAAGGCUGUGACAAGAGCUACGUCACGGCUGGCCUGGCGGGUGGCCGUAUCGGGAACAAGGGUGGUAUCGGCGUCAGCGUCAACCUGGCUGGACACCGGCUACUGUUCGUGAAUGCACAUCUUGCCGCGCACGCCGACAAGAUGGAUGCGCGGUUAGCCAACAUUGCCAAAAUCAAGGCAGAGCUGAAGCUGAACGACUUCCUGGAUGAGAGCGAUCCGCGGAAAGGUUUCGAGGACAUCACCGACCGCUUCGACACGACGUUCUGGUGCGGUGACCUCAACUUCCGCGUCGACAUCUCUCAGCUGCACGCCAAAUGGCUCCUCGACCAGAAGAAGUAUCAGGACGCGCUCAUGUUCGACCAGUUGCGCAAGGUCAUGGCUGACCCUAACAUCAACCCUCUACCUGGGUUCGAGGAGGCUCCGAUUACUUUCAUGCCUACAUUCAAGUACGACGUGUGGAAGAGCAUGCGCGCGACGAACCGUGAGAUCAAGCGCAGCAUCCGCCGCAGCAGGCGAGAACGGCCAGAGCGGAUGAGCUCCGACAUGGCCGGCAGCUUUACGCUUGACGGGGUGCCCGAGCUCGAGACGCAGCCAACUGUGCUCGAGGAGGGCGACGGCGAGAUCGUCUCGUCGCCCAUCGACAUUGGCCCACGCCACGACUGGCAGUCUGCUAGGAGCAGCAGCCAGGGCGAGCACCACCCGUCGCACCAGCUCAGCAUGGACGAGAGCGUCGCGUCCACCCGGCCCUCGCUCAGCAACAGUGCGCGCCCCUCCUCGCGAUACCGCUCCGGAACAUCAGCCGCCGAGAGCUACAAGUCGGGCUUCACGGACCAGAGCCACCACAGUGUCGCGCACCCCAUCAGCGGCAUCAAGGAGAAGAGCAAGAAGCUCUGGGGCAUGUUCAACCUCGGCCACAAGCGGACGCCAAGCAAGGCGCGGCCCGUGACGCCGUUAAGUCCUCCAGCGCGGCGGCAGAGCAUGGCCUCCUUCCGCUCCUCCCGGAUCUCGGCAGCGUCGGACGAGGAGUCUGCAAUCUCAGACGACGAGUUCCCCUUCCGCCCCUUCGUCGAGGAUGAGGGUGGCGUGAGCCGGCGCACGUCUACGAGCACGACGGGUUCACGGCGCGAAGCGCGCGAGCGUGACCCAGAACGCAUCGAGCGACCAGAGCGACCAAAGCACACGCUUCUUCGCUCCCCGUCGGGUGCUUCCUUCGCCCCUGGAUCAGAGGAUGGUCUCGACUUCGAUGACACGAUAGACCACCGCGUCGGCGUCUACGACACAAGCAAGAAGCAACGCAUUCCCUCCUGGUGCGACCGCGUGCUGUGGAAGUCACAUGUGAUUCCAGACGAGGACGACGACAGCCUCCUCAGCUACGAGAGCGAGGAAGAGGUCGGCGCGUUCGUCAAACUGUCGAAUGCACUUACGAACAUUUCGGAGCGUUUCAGGCGAAGAUCAAGCGCGAACAUGGAGUACACGGGCAGUCCCACCGCUGGGCCCGUGGAUGAGCCGCGGGCCCAUCGAGCGAGUCUCAACCCAGCACUGGGCAUGACGCCCGCCGAGCCCAACGCUCGGGAACACCUCACUACGCCCGUCCCCAUCGACUCGCCUCUCAGCCUGGCAGACGAGCCACCCCUUAUCCAGGAACCAGAUACACCGACGCCGCGCCGAUCCCCAAGCGACCCGGGCCAGGCAACGCAGCCGGGCUCUGUCCUCGAGAAGGCAGACCCAGCAGUGGCGGAGAUGCCCCACCGUCCCCGCGAGAACACGACGAGCAGCGACCAGCUCCGCGUCACGAUCGCCGACUCGCCGACAAUCAACGGCGAGCCCGUCCCCGUCCCAACUUCCGCCUCGGAGCCAAUGCCGCGGCGCCAGUCAACCCGCCAGCGCAGCGUCACGUUCGACGGCCCCUCGGCCGACCUCCCCGUGCUCUCGGACCGGAGUGCGCUCGGCCUCUCGCAGCCCAGUAGCACUGUCCCGCGCCGCUCCUCCCGUGGCAGCGUCGACGGCCCCUCUGGCCCCGGCUCAAGGCGCGGUAGUCUCUCCCGCCGCAGCUCGAUCGGCUCGCGUAGUGUGCGGAGUACACGCUCCACCUCCUCUCGCUCAAGGAGGCGGAGCGAGUCGCCCUCCUUCACAGCCCUCGGGCACGCCAAAACCACCUCCGCGAUCCCGGACAGUGUGCGCUUGCGUCGCCGCAGUGCCGGGGCCAGUUUCAAACGCACCGACUCGCUCGACCCGUCGCACCCCAAGGAAUCCACGAAUGCCUUUGCCAAGUUCCUCCGCGACCUGCCUGGCCGAUUCCACUCAAGGGUUUCGUUGUUCCACGCCGAGCCUGAGCAGCAGGAACAGGGGGAGGAGAAGGAACGCCCCAAGCGACAUCUCGUCGGCGAAGUGCAGGUGCUGCAUUACGAUACGCUGGAUGAUGCGGGGAUGCGCCAGCUCGAGGGCCGGAGUGACCACCGGCCAGCCAUCUUCGCGGCGGCCGUUUAUGUAUAA